GGCUCCGGCUGAAAAUGAAUCUAUAGAGUUGCAUUUACAUUAAUGUAAUAUUAUCUUUAUAUUUUCAAAGCAACACAUUUUCGUUUUAAGGAUCAUCUGACCAAGGAAUGCAAUUUUUAUCCUGUUAUUUGCCCUUUUGAACCUUGCGAAGAAAAGGUUAAAAGAUAUACACUAACAGACCAUCAAAACAAUUGUCCCUACAAACCUGUGGCAUGUAAAUACUGCAAAUCGACACUCUUUAUAUCAAAAAUCCAGGAUCAUCAUCAAAAAUGUGAUAAAUAUCCUGUUGAAUGUCCAAACAGCUGCUCAGAGGAAUUGAUGGAGCGAGGAGCGGUGGAAGAGCAUCGUAAAACCUGCGGUAAAGAGAUUGUCCUGUGUGAAUUUUCCGCAUUUGGAUGCGAUUUCACGUGCCAUAGAGAGGAUAUGUCGGUGCAUAAUCAAGAUGUUUCGCGUCAUUUAUCUUUAACUGUGAAAAGAUAUCAUGUAGAUAUGCAAGAAAUGAAAGAGAAAAUGGAACAAAGGGAAAAUUCAGAAAUAGACUUUUACCAGAAAAAAGUUUUAAAAUUGGUAAACGAAGAGGAAAGGAGGAAUUCAAAAAUUAAAAAUAACAUCACAGAGCUUUUUGAACCUUUCAUAAUCGACUAUGAAAAACACUUCGGUUAUUUUGUAAAGGGAGUGCCAUGGUUAAAAUCAAAAUUGAAAGAAGUAUGCGAUAGGAAAGAUCAAAUUUUUAAAGCUCAGUACGAAACAGUUCUUAACGAAUACAUAAAGAUAUUAGAACAAUCUAUCGCAAAGCUGAAGAAGGAAGCAUGCAUUUCUAGUGAUGUUUGGGCGAAAAUUAAAGAAAAUAUUAAAAAGGAAUUCCAUGUUAUGUGGGCGAAUAAAUGCAAGUAUCACAUCGAGAAUUUUUAUUUAAGCGGCAGAUUAUUUGAAUUUAUUGAGCAGUUAACACCAAAUGAAAUGCAUUCCAUAGGAGAAAGUCGAUUUUAUAAAAUUAGUUUAGAUGAUAAGCAUGCUUAUCGAGCACCAUGGAUAGAUGGUAAAUAUAAAGUGUUUGAAGAUGGUUUCCUUUCUUGCUCGGCACAAAAAGGCCAAUUUUUUCUCUCUUUAAAAAAAGAAAACCUUUGUUGUGUGAUUUAUAAAAAUUGGAAUUCCAAUGAAUCGCUUCAAGAAUGUGAAAUUCCGAUUUGCGUUAAUCAAGUCUUCAUUGCCGUAAAAGAACAUCAUUUGACACUUUGUGGAAAGAAUUUCGUUAUUGUUAGGUUCAUGAACAGAAUCAUUUAACAACAGUAUUGACUAGGAAAACGCAACCGACUCAUGACAGCUUAGCUCAGCGUGAAAAUUUAUUAUAAUAAUAGUUCUUUUUAGUUAACCCUAAGCAGUUCUGUGUUUUAAGGAUCCAAAUAAAAGUUCGCACUUUUCAUAAAAAAAAGGUCACAAGAUUCCUUAGUUUUUUGGAAUUUUGACAGUAUUAAUGUUUUUCGCAUAGCACAGAAAUAAUUUCUGAAAUUAUAAAAAAAGGUCUAAAUCAGACUAUAUGAGAAUUGUGCGAAAGAGGAGACACAGACAUCUUUAAAAGAAAACUGUCCAAAAAGUAGUUGGUAUUUUUUUUACUCCCAAAUGAAUAAUUAAAAUUAAAUAAAUGUUGCUUUUCUUUGGAUAAAAAAAUUUGUGUAAGAACCUGAAGGAAACUGGUUGGUGUACUUUUUCUGCUCCUAAUUGACAAGUUUCCCUAACUUUUUAAUUCUCCAUGUUGUACUAUAGUAUAGUCUGUUGUACUAAUUUGCAAUAGCUAUAACUUCUUUAGUGAUUCUUUUUGUCCCUUUUUUUGAAAUCAUAUAAAUGUGUCUUUUGCUUGCUUGUUUUUUGUCUGUCUGUCUGUUUUGUUUUGUUUUAGAUUUUUUACAAGUUUAUGUUACCAGUUUGUAUGAAUCGAUAAAAACCCUGGUUAAAUAAGGAGUAAACAAUUGAAAUUACCAGAUUUCAGACUAACCGGUUUUUUGUAUCAGGCAGGUAAUCACCAUUGGUAACUAGCUACUUUUUUUAAUUUUUUUUAUAUAAAUUUUAUUAACGUUUUGUGUUUGUAGUAGGUCUGCAAUAAAUCAAUAAAUUAAUAGUAAAUUUUGUAUGGAGAGUAACAGUUUGUUCACGAAAAGCGAAGGCUGAUUAUGAAAGGAGUUAUUUGUUGUUGUUUUUGUUUCUAAAUAAUAUCUGUUAAUUACUUGUAUUAACCCGGAGUAAUCGGUUAUUAUUGUAUUAAUAAUAACCGAUUACCCCGGGCUGGACCGCCAAAUAUCGCCCGUGGUCUAAGUGCUGACCGAGCUUGCGAGGUCGGUGCAAUGACUGAGGGCGAUAUUUUCGGUACAGCACGGGGUAAUCGGUUAUUAUUGUAUUUGUUAACCGUCUAAGUUAGAUAAAAAUAAAAAAUAAGAA